AUGAAUGAUGUGUGAAAAGGAGAAUCGAAGAGGAAGUGUAAUCAUUUCAGUCCCAUUCGGCCCUAAUAAAUUUCAUUACGAAUCCGGACAUUCCGUUGUGGGUUGGAAACGCAAUCUUUGGUUUUGGCAAGGACUGUUCACCAUUUUCUCUGCCUCUGCAAUCUUAUUCCCAACUUCUCCUGCAAAUUUCCGGUGGUUUACAAGUUUAGUUCAUAGUGAGAGCGGAAUAUGUCGGACAAAAACAGUGAGGAUGCCAAGGAGUUAGAUCUUGUUGACAGUACUCCGAAAGAUCAAGAGCAUGUUGACCCUUCUGUGGAAGACCUAAAACUUUUGGACGAAAAUGUGGAAAGUCCCAUGCCCUCUCCCCAAGAGGAGGAGGAAGUAAUCAAGAAGAAGUAUGGAGGAUUAAUACCAAAGAAACCUCCUUUAAUAUCCAAAGACCAUGAGCGUGCUUUUUUUGAUUCUGCUGAUUGGGCUUUGGGAAAGGGAGCACAGAAGAGCAAAGGACCACUAGAGGCACUCCGCCCAAAAUUGCAGCCCACACCCCACCAGCAAGUUCGACGCUCGGCUUAUGCUCCUGCAGGUGAAGGUGAAGGUGAAGAUGGUGACAAUAAUGAUGCUACUGCUUCUGAGGAUGAGAGCUUCCCAUUAGAAGUUAGCAACAACAACAAUUCUCACACUGGGGAUCAGAAUUCUAGCAACUAAUUGCGAGUGAAACGUGAAACACAUCUCACAUCCGACUGAUGAACUACAUAGUAAUAACCAGGUCAUUUGAGCCACUUAGGGUGCUUAUAUGAAUAAGCCAUUUGUUGCUAAUUUUGGUACUUAUUGGUUAUUAUCAUAUUGAAUCCACCACAUGAGCUACACAAAAGUGCAUCAUUUUGAACUGAGUACAGGUGGUACUGUGACAAUUUUACAUUUAAAUUGCAUAUCCAUGUAUGGGGUUGGGUCUCCCUUAGGACCCUGAAUGAGUUUUAUUGAGAGUUUCGCAUCGAUUAUUUUCCAUCCCGAGG